AACACAAGCCUGCAUGGAGUACCGAGAAUUACUUUAUCAAGAGGAUACUUCAGAAAGGUUACAUGGAUUCUAUUGGUACUCGGAGGAGCUGCAUUCGCAAUGUAUCAUUUGGGUAAAAUAGUACAGAAUUAUAGAGAGUACCCUCUAUCAACCUUACUAUCAAUAGAAAAUAACAACAAACUGGACUUCCCUGCUGUUACUAUCUGUAAUAUGAACCCAGCUAGAAGAUCUAUCUUGAAACAGAAAGCUGAAGAAUUAGGUUAUACAGAGCUGCUAGACGUUAUAAACGAAGCGGUAAAAAGUAGCGGAGAAGAAGAAGAGGAAACUGAGGAAUCAGAUGAAGAAUUCUUUGAAGCUCUUACCAGUUUGACCAUGGAACUGUAUUUAGAUGAGAAUGAAUAUUCCGAAUUUCUUGCUGACACCGUUGGUGCUAAACUUCAUGUUCAUCAGCAAGGUAUUAUGGCCUUUCCUGAAGAUGAUGGAAUUUCUUUGACUCCAGGAUUGUCAACCUCAGUUGGUAUCAGCCAGAUUCAGGUAAAAAGAAGUAUACCACCCCAUGGUCGGUGUAGACAUUAUUCCAGUGAUGACAAUUAUAAAGUGAAUAUGUAUGCCGGCGCCCACAAAUUACAAAUCGACUACUCAGAGAAGGCAUGUCAGAAAACCUGCUAUCAAAAGAAUCUUAUCCGUGAUUGUGAAUGCUGCCAUUUCGAUUACCCUUGUAGUGGUUAUGCAUUGAGGAAAGUCAUAGAGGGGGUUAAAGUACCUAAACUGAAGAGAUGGCGAUGUAUGGGAGACAUAUUUCAGAAAUACGAACGAGAUGAACUAGAUUGCUCAAACGACUGUGCACAAUCCUGUAGUGAAACGGUGUAUUCAACAGACAUUUCAACCGGGCGGUGGCCGUCUGUACCAUUAAUUAGGAGAACCAUGGGUAAAGUUAGAAGUUUAUAUAAAAGAAAGAAUGAGUCAAUACCAACAAGUGAAGAGGACAUGGACGUUGGAGAUCAACUAAAGAGGAAUGUCAUCAAGGUAGAAAUAUUCUAUAAACAGUUGAACUAUGAAUACCUUAAAGCAACACCUGCAUAUGAUUGGAGUAGUUUGAUAUCUGAUAUUGGAGGACAAGCUGGUCUGUGGGUCGGCUUCUCUGUUUUAACAUUAAUUGAGCUAGCAGAG